AGCAAAAGCGACGACGCAAGUAAGAAACCAAAAACAAUCCAAAAAAGGCAAAUUCCUGUUCUUCCUGAUCAAUACUAGUAUAAAAUAUUCAGAUAUAUUUUAUAGCUUCAGCUUCAGCGUCAGCGUCAGAGUGUAAGAGUCUCAGAGAUAUGAGCACUUUAACCAUUUCUUUACUUCCAUCAAAGCUCAAACCUCAAAAGGAAAGCUCUCUUUUUGUAUACAAAACAACAAGACUCUCCAAGAAGACCCAAUCUCUACUUCCAGUGGCAAGGUUAUUUGGACCUUCUAUUUUUGAAGCAUCAAAGCUGAAAGUUGUAUUCUUAGGUGUAGAUGAGAAAAAACAUCCUGGAAAGCUUCCAAGAACUUACACACUUACACAUAGUGAUAUUACUUCCAAACUCACUCUUGCCAUUUCUCAAACCAUUAAUAACUCCCAGUUACAAGGGUGGUAUAAUAGAUUGCAAAGGGAUGAAGUGGUUGCAGAAUGGAAGAAAGUUAAAGGGAAGAUGUCACUUCAUGUCCAUUGUCACAUUAGUGGAGGCCAUUUCUUGUUAGACUUUGUUGCUACCCUCAGAUACUAUAUCUUCUGCAAAGAACUCCCCGUGGUUAUAAAAGCAUUUGUUCAUGGAGAUGGGAAUUUGCUAAAGAACUACCCAGAGUUGCAAGAAGCAUUGGUUUGGGUUUAUUUUCACUCAAAUAUUCCAGAAUUCAACAAAGUGGAAUGUUGGGGCCCGCUCAAAGAAGCAUCCUCACCUUGUACUGAAUUAGGUGAGACCCAAAUGGGAAAUACAACCACAAAUUGCAACUUGGAUUUACCACAACCUUGUCAAGAAUCUUGCACAUGUUGCUUCCCCUCAAUGAGUUUGAUUUCCUGGUCCUCUCAUUCUGCUCCUUUCCAAACUUUACAAGAUUGAUGUAUUUUAAUGCAUAAUAAUUCUUUAUUCUAAUGUAAAUAAUUGAAAAAUAGGCAUUUCGUUUUGACUUUUGAAGAUGGUGGUACCUUUUUUUAAAAACCGGAGAAAUUGCUCGGACUAUGAGUCUGCCUCUCUACCUUAGAUACCAGACUUUGUCCACCAAAGGAAAGGAUUACAACUUGUAACUUUGUGUUGCGUCAUUACCACUAAAACAAAGCAUGAGGGCUAAAGAUGUUGAUGCGUAGUAGCCACAGACUUGGGUUGUAUCUAGUGUUGCAGCCUAUGUUGCGUGGACUCUCCAAAAAUGUUAUCUAUCAGAUCCUCCAAAAAUACAUCCGAGCAACAUAGGUUGCAGCCAUCCCACGUUUCAUUGUCUUGGUUUUGAUGUUCUUCAAACGAACUGUUGCAUAUAAAUAGACCAAAAUACCUACCAGUUAACAUGGAAGGAAUAGCAAAUAAAGGGUUGCUUGCUAUGAGAAUGUGCAACAUUAGAGUCUUUAUUUCUUUUA